UGCAGAGUGGGCUUUUACCGCUCGCUGCUGGAGUCUUCAGCCUGCAGUAAAUGUCCACCUCACAGUGUGGCCAAACAGACGGGGGCCAUAUCCUGCAGCUGUGAGGAUGGGUACUAUAAGAUCGACUCUGACCCCCCUAAUAUGGCCUGCACACGGCCUCCCUCCGCUCCCCGGAAUGCCAUUUCCAACGUCAAUGAGACCAGCGUGUUUCUGGAGUGGUCCAUCCCCGUGGAAACGGGCGGCAGGAAAGACGUGCGCUACAAUAUCCUCUGCAGGCGGGCGUUGCCGGACGGCAGGGGGCUGGAGGAGUGCGGCCCCAACGUACGCUUCCUGCCACGCCGCGUGGGCCUCUCCAACACCUCGGUGAUGGUGGCCGACCUCCAGUCGCACACCAACUACAGCUUCCUGCUGGAGGCCGUCAACGGGGUGUCGGAGCUGGCCAGAGGCCACGCCAAGCAGUACGUGACACUUAAUCCCGAUCGACCCAAUGGUAUAAUCCUGGAGUAUGAGAUCAAGUACUUUGAAAAGGAACAGGACUCCAGUUACACCAUAAUAAAAUCCAAAGACACUGAGAUGGUGGUUGAAAGCCUGAAGCCUUCAUCUGUUUACAUCUUCCAGGUACGAGCCAGGACCUCAGCGGGCUACGGAGCAUUUAGCCGGCGUUUUGAAUUCCAGACCAGCCCUUACUUGACUGCCACCAGCGAGCGUGCCCAAGCAUCGAUAAUAGCUGUGGCCAUCACGCUGGCUCUGGUCCUUCUGGCAGUGGUGGCUGGAUUCUUGCUCAGCGGAAGGCGCUGUGGCUACAGCAAAGCAAAGCAAGACCCGGAGGAGGAAAAGAUGCAUUUUCACAAUGGUCACCUGAAGUUCCCCGGGGUGCGCACUUACAUUGAUCCCCUUACUUAUGAGGAUCCCAACCAGGCUGUGCAUGAAUUUGCACAAGAGAUUGACGUCUCAUUCAUCUCCAUUGAAAGGAUCAUCGGUGCCGGAGAGUUCGGGGAGGUGUGCAGUGGACCCUUGAGGCUUCCGGGGAAAAGAGAGAUCCAGGUUGCCAUUAAGACAUUGAAAGUAGGCUACACUGAGCAGCAGAGACGGGACUUUCUGUGGGAGGCAUCAAUCAUGGGCCAGUUUAACCAUCCAAACAUCAUCCGACUGGAAGGGGUGGUCACCAAGAGCAAGCCUGUCAUGAUCAUCACUGAAUACAUGGAAAAUGGAUCACUGGACACCUUUCUCAAGAAAAACGACGGCCAGUUCACAGUGAUCCAGUUGGUCGGCAUGCUGCGUGGCAUCGCAUCGGGCAUGAGAUACCUGUCCGACAUGGGCUACGUCCACCGGGACCUGGCGGCGCGCAAUAUCCUGGUCAACGGCAACCUUGUUUGUAAAGUGUCGGACUUUGGUCUGUCCCGAGUUCUGGAGGAUGACCCCGAGGCUGCAUACACCACGCGGGGUGGGAAGAUUCCUAUUCGCUGGACGGCUCCGGAAGCGAUCGCAUACAGGAAGUUCACCUCGGCCAGUGACGUGUGGAGUUACGGGAUCGUCAUGUGGGAGGUGAUGUCAUACGGAGAGAGGCCCUACUGGGAGAUGUCCAAUCAAGAUGUAAUAAAAGCAGUGGAGGAGAGCUAUAGGUUGCCAGGUCCCAUGGACUGCCCUGAGGCCCUGUACCACCUAAUGAUGGACUGCUGGCAGCGGGAGCGCAGCAGCCGCCCCAAGUUUGAUGAGAUUGUUUGUCUACUUGACAAACUUAUCCGCAACCCCAGCUCAUUAAAAAAGCUGGUCAACUCCUCACACAGGGUUUCCAACCUGUUAGUGGAACAUGCCAGUGUAGAGGGGGACUGCAGUUCCAGAAGCCAGACCGUAGGAGAGUGGCUAGACUCCAUCAAGAUGGGCCGUUACACCGAACUUUUCAUGGAGGGAGGUUACGCCUCACUGGAAACGGUGGCUCAGAUGACAUCA